AUGGCCCUGGGUGGUGGUAAGAAUUGGGCAGAUGAUGAAGUUGAUUUAAGUUCAAUUAGUGUACCAAUUAUACAAAAUAAUCAUCAUAAUCAUUAUCAUGAAGAUUAUUUAAAUUAUCAAAGUAAUUCUCAUCAAACGUUUGCAUCAAAUCAAAAUCAUGGUCAUUUAAAUUAUCCAAAAUCUCCUCCAUUUAUUGUUAAAUUUACAAAUAUUCCUAAUCAUUUUGGUUCUGAACAUAUUCAAGAUUUAUUUCAAUCAAGAUUUAUGAAAUUUUUAAAAUUUAAAAUAUUUUGGGAAUUUAAUCAUGAUAAAUUAAGUUUUCAGAAUGAUUUGGACUUAAUUAUUAAUAAAAAUAAAAAAGUUUCAUUUAUUGAAUUAAAUGAUUUAAAAGAUUUUGAAAAAGUCUUGAGAUGGAAUGAUUUAUAUUUGGGACCUUUAUACGGAAAAAUUCAAGUAAAUAUUGGGAAUUUUGGUGAUUUCCAAACUUAUAAUGAUUUAAAUCAAAAAUUAUCUGAAUCUGAUGAUCCAUCAAUUUCAAUGGAGAAAAAAAAUAAUUAUACAAAUGGUGGAUAUCCACCACGUCAAUCAAGAUUUUAUAGUAAAUCACCUGAAUUAAUCCAUCAAAAACCUCAAUUACAUCAACCAAAACCUCAACCUCCAGUGGAAUUACCACCAUUAAUGGAACCAAAACCUGCUCCAACUCCAAAAAAAUCAAAUCCUUUUGGUAGUGCAAAACCUGUUGAUACUCUUUCAAAACAAUUGGAAAUUGAAAAAAAAUUACAUGAUUUAGAAAUUAAUAAAACUACUUUUAAAACUUUAGGUCAUGAAGAGGAACAAAUAGAGGAAGUUAAACAAGAAUCAAAACCACAACCACAACAAGUUAAUGAAACUCAUAGUAAAAAUUCUACUCCACAAUCUACACAUUCACAUUUAAAAUUAAGUCAACCAGCUUCACCUAGAAAAAAAGAAUUAAAACCUGCACUCCAACCUGAAAUAACUGCAUGGAAGAUUAAACAGAAUGAAUCUGAAAUACCAAAAAUACCAACUCCAGUAUCAAUAGAUGUUUUCAAAUCUAAUGAAUCAAAAGAAACAAAACAAGAAGAAAAAUAUUUAAAACCAAAACCAAAAGUUUUAUUGAAAAGGAAAAAUAAUUCUUCAAAACAACCUGAAGGUGGAAGAUUUGUUAGAAGAGAAAGUAUUACUCAAAAGGAAAAAGAUAUACCCUCACAACAACAACAACAACAACCAGUGGAGGAUAAACAAAAAAUUGAAAAAGAAGAUGAAAAUGAAAAUAAACCAAAAGAAAAGAUAAAAGAAAAUGAAGUACCUACAGAGAAUAAUGAUAAAGAACUUAAACCUCAACAAAAGAAAAAAUCUGAUGUAAUAAAAUCAAAACCUUCAAAAGUUGAUAUAUCAGACUCAAAAAUUGAUAAUAAUAGUACCAAGAAGAAACAUAAAGAAUAUUUAAGUCCUGAUGAUCCUUCAAUUAUAAAACCUGAAACUUAUACAAAUCAUCAAGGUAGGAAAAUUUAUCAAAAUAAAUCAUUAAUUAGAAAGAAAAAUAAUGAUAAAGAUCAAAAAGAUAAAGAAGAUAAACAAGUUGAAAAAGUUGAAAAAGUGGAGAAAGAUGCAAAAGAGAUUGAAGAUAAAGAAGAUAAUAUCAUUGAUUUAAAUGAUCAAUUAGUAUCUGAAGGUGAAUUCUCCACUAUAAAAAUCAAAGGUGCUGCAAGAGGUGGUUCUCGUGGUAGAGGUGGAAGAGGUAGAGGUGGAAGAGGUGGUAGAGGUGGAUCGAGAAAAACAUCUGUUGAAACUGUGGAAACAGUGAAGCCUGUGGAACCUGUUGAACCAAUUGUAAAAUCUGAUAAAGAUGAGAAACCUAAAUCAAAUUCUAAAUCAAAUUCCAAAUCACCAAGUAAUCCACCAACUGAACCAAUUUUAAAAACAAAUGGUAAUACUACUAAACCUAAUACAAAACAAGAAGAAUCAUCAUCUGAUACUAAAACACCAAUUGAACGUCCAUCAACAAGAGGAAAUCGUGGUGGGUUUAGAGGUCGUGGUAGAGGUCGUGUCAAUGGUUGUAUUAUGAAUCCUAAUGUUCAAAAGCUGAAAUUAUUAUCAAACAAACAAGCAUCAAAAUCAACAUCAACUUUACAAAAUUUAUCAAAUGAAACUAGUAAAAAUCCCAAUUCAAAUAAAUCAACAAACACAACAACAAAACAAUAUUUUGAAUAUGAAGAUAUAGUUUAUCAAAAACCUCAAACUUCAAUAAAUUAUAAAUUAACUGAUAUUCUUGCAAGAGAAUCAGAUGUUACUAUAUCAAAUCAAGUCACUCCAUUAACCGAGUAUCGAGGAUUUGCCUUAUAUUUAACCAUAACUGCAAUUCAUAUAAUUUGGUUAAUUUGGACAUUUACACCAAAAUUUUAUUUAAAUCAAAUUGGUAUUUAUUAUUACCCUUCGAGAUGGUGGAGUCUUUCACUAAGUUGUACAAUAUUAAUGACUAUGCUUUAUAUUUAUAUUGCUUUACAAAUGUGGAAUAUUGAAAUUGAAACACCAAGUUUAGGAAAUUUAUGUACGAUUGUUGAUGAUGAUUCUGUUAUUGAAUCAAAUUUAGAUGAAUUUGGUUGGGAAGAUACUAAUGGAGUUUAUGAUUUAAGAAUUACUGAUGUUAAUAAAGUACUUUAUGAUGGAUAUUUACCAAAGAAAUGA